AAGGUGCCAUCAUCUGUGUUUCUCUUUCUGCAGAAAUUACCGACCUGAUAGUGAAUCAAAGCCCAACCAAUUUCAGUGAUUUAGAAGGCUCAGAACUUACCAUGAAUUGUACAUUCAAGACAGUCAACCACAGCACCAUGUAUGUGCGAUGGUAUAACUAUGGGACUGAGGGAGUAAAGAAAGAGCUGGUGAAUGAGAGCGAUGUGAUCACAACCCUGCAUUUGGACAAUGGGUUUGCCUCUCUCACUUUGAAGAAUGUGAAUUUAUCGAAUACAGGAACCUACAUGUGUGAGGUGGGGAUCACAGCAAGGAACCUCUCUGGGAAUGGAACAGGAACCCAAGUGACCAUCAAUUUUCCUGAGCUGAUGGUGAAUCAGACCCCAGCCAAUAUCCAUGUGUCAGAAGGGUCAGAUCUCACCAUGGAGUGUAGAUUCACGGUAUGGAAUAAACACAAGACCUUGUAUGUGAAAUGGUAUAAACAUAAUGGAACUGGGGGAACGAAGAAGGAGCUGAUGAGCGAAAGAGGCAGGGGCCCAGCAGCCCUGGAUUUGGAAGAGGGUUUUGCUUCGUUCACUCUGAAGAACGUGAAUGUAACCGAUACAGGAACCUACAUGUGUGAGGUGGGGAGCACAGCGAGGAACUGGUCUGCGUCAGGAGCCGGAACCCAAGUGACCAUCACUACUGUUGACCUGCUGGAGAAUCAGACGCUUGCUGUAAUAAAUGGAUCGGUAGGAGAAAAGCUCACUAUAGAGUGUAGAUUCAAGGUGGUGAAAGACUCCAGCACCACGUACAGUGUUACAUGGUAUAAGAAGGGGGCUGAUGGACACGAGAAAGAGCUGAAGAACGGAACAGGCAUUGUCACAACAGCUCUAGAUUCCUCAAAGGGCCUGGCCUCUCUCACCUUGAUCAAAAUCAAUAGGAACGACUCCGGGCUCUACAGAUGUGACUUUGGUAUAAAUGGUGGUGGAAAUGGAACCAGAGUGACCAUCCAUGCACAUGACCAAAGGGUAAUGAGCUCUUACAUUGUUCCUGGAGCUGUGGCUGGGACACUUCUCUUCUUGCUGGUGCUCGGUAUCCUUUUGUGGAGAUGGAGACAGUGCUCCAAAGAACCACUUCAAAGCAGGUCAGAGGCAGAGAUGAAUCAGAUGGAGACGGUGAGUUGGAGAGUUUAUCAUAAGAGCCGCAUUUAAUUUUUCUCUCUAGCAUA